UAACCUUUAACUGCAGCUGGACUGUGACCAGUGGGGCCCACGAUGCUACUGGAGUGGAACACUUGUGUUGACUUUUGAUCCCGGUAAAUAAAGACUGGAGAAGAUGGAGUGUAGCUGAACACAAUCAGUGGCACACUAACAGGCACUUUGCCCUUGAGCAAGGCACUGCACCUCUACCUGCUGUCACAAAAUCUAACCUUGAAUGAAGCGUGUAACCUGUAACUGCACCUGGACUGCAACCACUGUGACCAGUGUGGCCCAGGAUGGUACUGGAGUGGAACACUUAUGUUGACUUGUGAUCCGGGUACGGUAAAUAAAGAUGCUGAUUUGUUGUUAGUGGUUGUAGGACGGUUCAAGGUCACAGCUGUCUGCCAAGGCUAACAUGGAACGAGAGGGCUCGUUGAGGAGAAGUCUCCACAGCAAGCUGAAGUUGGGCAGCAACUCGUCCUCCAGUCUGACCGACCUCUCGCAGGCAAAGUCCCAAGGAGGAGGAGGAGGGGAUAAGGGAGGAACAACUGGAGGACUGGCUGAGGAGUGCAGCAGGGACAGAGGGACCCAGCAGAGGAGGGCUGGGACCAACGCCACCUGGAACAGCAUCCACAACGCAGUGAUAUCAGUUUUCCAGAGGAAGGAUCUGGGGGAAAAUGAACUCUACGCUUUGAAUGAAGGUGUCAGGCAGCUGCUGAAGACGGAGCUGGGCUCCUUCUUCACUGAGUACCUUCAGAACCAGCUGCUCACUAAAGGCAUGGUGAUACUGAGAAACAAGAUCCGCUUCUAUGAGGGUCAGAAGUUGCUGGACUCCCUGGCUGACACAUGGGACUUCUUCUUCUGUGAUGUUCUGUCCAUGCUGCAGGCCAUCUUCUAUCCUGUACAGGGCAAGGAGCCAUCAGUGCGUCAGUUAGCUCUCCUCCACUUCAGGAACAUCAUCACCCUCAACCUGAAACUGGACGAGGCUCUGUCUCGACCUCGAGCCAGAGUUCCCCCUUCUAUCAUACAGAUGCUGCUAAUUCUACAGGGAGUCCAUGAAUCUAAAGGUGUAACUGACGACUACCUUCGUCUGGAGUCUCUUAUCCAGAAGGUGGUCUCUCCCUACCUCGGGACUCAUGGGUUAUAUUCCAGAGAUGGAUCUUCCAAUUCGAACUGCUCUUCCUGCCUAUUAGAAAAGCGUUUGCAGCGGUCCUGGUCAUCCAAACCAAGCAGCUCGCCCGUCCCCAAGAACCCAGUGGUACGCUCUAAGAGCUACAACGUUCCCAUGCUGACCCCGGUGGUGGAGUAUGACGUUGAAAACUCCACAGGAGGCGGCACAGGUAUCAGACGACACUCUGUCUCCGAGGUGACUUCCUGCUUGGAGGAGAGCAGCUCUUUGGAUGAGUCCACGACCACUGUCACCAACAACACCAGCACACCCAGCCUCGCCAACCCCUCUCCAGCUUCCACAGUCUCUGCUGCACUUUCAGACACUGUGAACUCCAGCCAGGACCCCGGGCCCCGAGUCGCUGACAUCCCUGCAGGUCCCCACCCUCUCCAGCCACAGAAUCACUCCUCCUGCAUCCUCCUAGAGCCUUCCCCAGGCCACAACACACACUGCACAGGCUCGCUAGUGUCGGACUCCCCCGCAUCCUCUACACUGCUGGCUCAAGACACGAGCUCCAGUCCCAGUCUUUCGUCCAGUCCGGAGGUCAUGAUGGACAGCGUCCCGGAGUUUUUGGACUCCGAGCCGGAGCACGACGGCAUCUUCCUUGACUUCUCAGGAUGCCAUUCUGGAGGGUCAGACCCACAGCAGAGACAACAGCAGGCAUAGUGUGGUGUGACACACACGCAUACACACAUCUAAGGAGAUCCACAAGGAUGCGGGGACGUGUGCAAACAAAGCUGAGCCAUGACGAUAUUCCUUACACCCUGUGACACCUCCUGAUGUUUGAGACUCUAGAUCAUCAGGGAUCCUUUCAAACUAAAUUAUUUUUUAGUAGGUUUGGUCGCCCAUCCCUAUAAACAAGUCUAACCUCAUGCUGUCUGUUAAAAAUAUCAAUUUGGCCUUUUUUUUAAGUAUAUGCCCAAACCUGAAAACAUCAGCAGUGGCCUCUCUGGGAAGCUUUAAUCACAUAAAUCACUCCUCUGCUCUCUCAGAGGUGAUUGUCCCAUUUUCUCUUAUGAAUGAAAACAUGGAAAAAUACAUAGAGCCAGUAAUGAUAACAUAUCCCAGGGACAGGUGUGCAUGCUGAAAAAUGAAAUUGUUUUACCAAUGGUAGAUAUCUCUUCAAGAGUAAGGCUAUUGAAUAGCUUUGCCUGUCAAAUUCAAACUUUUUUUAACAUUUCAAAUAUAAAAGAAACUCCAUUUUGACCAAUGAUACUUCUAUAUUGUUGGUUCAACUUAUUUUAUUAAUUGAUGAUUAAAUUGUUAAUUACAAUUUUGCACUCUGUCUUGCAUUAAAUCUAAGAUUAAUUGAUUGAUUCAUAAAGAAACACUGUAAAUGACAAUGAAUUAGUCAAGAGGAUGACAGCCUUCUUCCAAACUUUGUUUUGGCUGUAUUCAGCUGUUUUCAAACCUUGGACUUUUUCCUGCCACUUCCCGUUAAAUCCAAAUUGUCAAUGAAAGUCCCCCCUGCGUCAGCUCAGAGGCUGUGUGAGUCAGUGGUUCAGUCGGUGUCUUCAAAUAAAUAUUAGGGGACUUUUACAUAUGAAAAUGUUUUUAGUCAAAAUCAAACUGAACUGAUUGUGUUGACAAAUUCCUCUAUGAGGGACAAGGAGACCGUUUUAAUUUGGUUAUUUAAAGUUAUUCAGAUGUUAAUCAAAGACGAUAUUUCAAAAGGUAAAUACAGGGCCCAUCCCACUGCUAAUGUUUAACCAGAGACUAACAUCUUAUCUCAGCUCCUUUCACACUGCAUGGGUGUGCACUUAAAAUAGCAGAAAGCCAUGUGUAAAGACUCUGUCAUGCAACUGCAGUAUGUUCUUGCUCCAAAUUCUGUCUAAACAAGAACAAACUAGCUUUGAUUUGAGUCUUCCUUGUUUACACAUCUGGAAGAAAAUUCCAACCAGGCCACAAUCUUUUUUUUUAUGAAUGAAUGCAGCCUUUAAAGAGGAUGUGUGCCAAGUUAAUGUGUCUGAUCAGUAAGAUCAGUGUGGCUUAGCAAAUACUAAAAUGUGCCGUGUGCUGCUUACUAAUGACAUCAUCGUCAACCUACCUACAGCAUAAUGGCAACAUUUAGAUUGUUUUUUUUAGAUACUAGGAACUAUUAAACGUUUUGGAUGAAAACCAUAAUAAUUGUAUUUCUCUGCAUAAGCACAUUAUUUGUUAUAAAAUCCCCAAACUUUGAUUUAAACCAUUACUAUCAGUCAAUAUUUUGGUUUAGGUUCAUAUUUCUAAAUGCAAAAUGAGAAAACCUUGCAGACACUGCCAUCUUGUGUUGUGCUUUUCCCAUUUUAAAGUGUGUAUUAUCUUUUCCUUGCAUCCAAAUAGAUGCUGCAGUAACACAGUGUGGCAGAGAGGUGGGGAAAGGGCAGAAUAACGCUUUGAUAGGAACGGAAGGAGAGGAGAGCAAUUACAGACACCUGUGCGACCCCGGGGGGCGGGGCAAAGCUAACGAUGGCAAUAUGGAGGCGAAAAGAAAAGAGCAGCGUGCUAAAGAAAAAAAGAUAUUUAAAACACUUUUUACAGUUUCUGUUUAUCCGCGUGUACAGUAGUAAACUACAUAUAAAAGGUUUUGACGCAGUUGUUUGAAGAAGCGGCUGGAGUUCCUGGACUUCCCUGGGGAACAACGUGCUGCUACGUGGACGCCGAUCACCAGAGCAGCUCACAGGAACGUCAAAAUCCAGUUGUCAACACAAAGCUGCAUGAAACGGUCUCCAGUCCUGCUUCAUACUGAAGACACACAUGGCCCAUGAAACGCUACAGAGAGGAUCAGUCAAAGACAUCUCCUUCCUGUGAAGUUAUAAGGCGAGACUCCCCGUGAUGCAAAGUGAAGAAGGAUUCUGGCUUCAGUCCUUUCUGUUCCAGAGCCUCUCUGAGACGAACCGGCGGCUCCAGGUAAUACUGGAUGGAGGAGGAAACAGGACCAGAGAAAGCAAGGGCAAAGGUUCCCCAGUGAAUGGCCACAGACUGUUUGGCCUGAAGGUCUUGGUGAAUCUGAACAGCCUCUUCUGGAUCUACAUGCUGCCCCUGCAUCAUAUUCCUGAAAAAAAAAUAUUGUUACAUGUCUGUGCAUUACAUACAGUGUAGCAAUAAACAUAUGUUCUAUAUGCAGAAGACAGUAGCCACUAUCACCAUCUCUGCCAUAAAUUCUACCUUUACAACAGAUUUGUAAUGUUCAGUUUUUGUUGACUGUCAAAAAUCUCUAACUUUAUACUGAGGUUUGAGUUGUACCAGACAGCAUUAUAUUGAGGUUUUUUUUCUCCCCAUUUACAAACAUGGGGGGAGGGGGAAAUACCUCAAUAUAAUGUAGUCCAGUACAACUAGACCUCUUUCACAGCAGACAUUUGACUUGUCAUAUUAGUAUAGUUCAACUAAUUUCAUUAACAAUGGCUCAAAUGUCCAUCGUUAACUAAAUUACUUCCAACUGUACUUUCCUACUAUGACGAGGCAAAAGGUCUAUGCUAGAACACAACUGAAUUAACACAUUCAUGACAGUUUUAAAAAAAAAAAAAACUGGACAUUACAAAAGUAGACUUUACAGUUGUAUUACAUUGUACCUAAUAAUACUGUGUAGACACUGUGUGUAUAAUGCACAGAACCUGGGCAGGUAAGCUCCGAUGGGGAUUGCUGCAAGGUCAAACGGUCCGAAGCGUCGUCCAAUCUCCUGGAAGGAAGUGCAGUAGCCGGUAUCGCCAGCGAAGAAAAACCGAUGGUCCGGACCCAAAAUAGACCAGCUGCCCCAUAAGGACUGAGAGAGAAAAAAAAAAAGUACAAGACAAAUAGUUGUGUAUGUACUAAAUAUGCUUUAAACUCAAUAAAAAUUGAAUCUGCAUGA